UUAUCUCCGGAUUUACUGCGAUUCCAGCAUGGACACCUGUACUUUAAGUGGAAAUUAUAAUUUUUUUCUUCAAAUAAAGUUUAAUCGACUGCCUUGUCAGGUCUAUAUGCUAGGCUUGUAAGGGGAGCGUGUAAUGUGGUAAUCUUAUGUGUGGGAAUGCCUAAAUGCGUUGUUUUGACUUUUACUUUUUGUGAUGAAAUUAGUGUAAGCGCGAUAUCUCUUUUAUUAUAGGAGAGCUGCUUUAUAAAAAAUGGUCGAGUCUGACCAUAGUGAUGGAGGAGAGGAGGAAGUGCUUAGUAAGACAUCUCGCAGGGAGAGCACAGUUGAACAGAAGUCAUUGGCCAUAACCAAGCGGACUCGAGAAGAUUGCUCAGAUAAUGAGAAAACAGAAUUACCUAGCAAGAGACCACGGAGUAUUAUCAAGGACCCAGAAGAAAAGGAUACAUCAGGAGCAAAUGGUAGCGCUGAGAGUUCUGAGGAACCAAUGGAUGUUGAUAAGCCAGAUGACAAGGACAGUCCUGCAAAACCAGAGGAAAGUGCAAAAUCAGGAGUCGCAAAAGGUUCUGAAUCAGCCAAACCUGAUUCGAAGAAAAAUGGAGACUCUUUGAAAUCCUUGGUACAGGGACAUGAGAGUGAUGACAAUACUGAGAGCUCUAAACCAGAUGUACACAAUGAAGAGGAGAAUGAGGAAUCUAUAGCAACGGACAAGGACAAAGAUGAUGUUGGUGAUAGCACACUGGAUACAUCCGACAAAACUAAUGGAGAUGAAGAUGUAGAUGAAGACAAUUCUGAGGAUGAUAAAAAAGAUAAGAAGAAUAAAAGUGGUGAGGCUGUACGAAAGAAUGAUUCUGAAGUAGUAGAUGGCCUAGAACUAUCUGUAGAGUGCGCAAGCGAUAAGGAGCUUUCCAGUUCAGAAAGUGAUAAAGAGAAGGAAGUCAAACCAAGACCUAAAACUAUAAUUGUCAAAGCUAAGCCGAACGAUUCGGAGUUGGACGUGAGUUCAUCCGAAGCUGAAAAGUCUGAUGAGGAGGAUGAAGGUGAAAACGACGAAAGUGAUGGAAAAAAAACUAAGAAGAAGGGGAAGAGGAAAUCUUUUACUAAAGUAAAGAGUUCAGGCUCUGAGGAGAGUUCAGAUAAUAACUCUGCCGACGAGGAUUAUAGCCCACGUACAAAAAAGAGAAUGAAUAAAUUCACAACACCCAAGAAAUCUACCUCCAAGGCUUCAGACAGCAAGAAGACUCGAGGUCGUGGAGUGAAAAUGAGCGCAAAAGUGUCUGAAGAUGAUAAAUCUGAUGAGGAAAAAUCUGACAAGAGCGAAGACGAUGAAAUGAGUCUUGCAGACAGAGCAAAGAAGUCUACGACAUCCAAGGAUAAGGAUAAAAUCAAGGAGAACUCAAAGAGUAGUUCUGGUAGUGAGGAAGAUGCUAAUGGUGAUAGUGAGGACAGUAAGGAUACUAAAAAUGGAAAGAGAAAGCGGAGAAAUAUCACACCUGAGAAUGAUAAGACAAUCCAAUCGCUGAAAAAAUAUAUUCGUGCAGCGGGUAUAACAGUUAAGUCAUACAAGGAAUUAUGGUCAGGAUGUAAUAGUAACAAGGCACGUGCUACGCGUCUGAAGGAACUUUUGGAAAAGAAUGGGGUUAAGGGCAGACCGACUUUGUAUAAAUGCAAGAAAGCUAAAUUAAAGAAUCUGCAGAUCAAAGAGGUUGCUGAACUUGAUACAAGCAAUAUUAUAUCAGAAGGACGUGUUACGCGCGCGAGAAGGGGCGCUGAAGCUAGCAAAAAACCGGUUGCAUCUCCCAUUCCGGAAUCACCAAUCAAACAGCGCGAAGUUAAGAACACCUUGAGGAAAAUUCGAAGUGUCGUGGACAGUGAUUCAUCUUAGGAUGCUUCUCUGAAAGAGACCCCAAAUGCGAACUGGCAUACAAAUUAUAGGUGCUGGAACGUGGUGCAUAUUGGCGGGGUUCGCGAUCUUUGUUUUUCGCCGUAUUCUGGCGAAAACCUUUUAUUAUAUGAUAUUAAACAUGUAAAUUAUGAUACGCCCGUAAACGGUGUAGAGUCGCAUUCACAGUCUAUCAUUACAUUGAGAAUUCCCUAUGUUGUGUGCACGCGUCACUCGGCCGGAUAUUCGUUGUUUCGAUUCCGUUAAGCGAUUUAAGGAAAAACGCUUGUAUUUCACAUCUUUUAUACUGAUUUUGCUAUUAUUAAGAAAAGCAGUAUGUUUAAGAGGACGUUUGUAUAAUUCAAAUAUGUAUCUAAUGAACAGAGUAUUGUUAUAAAUCUGGUACUAGAA